AAGGACUAGGAAUAGAGUAUGAUGAAGAUGUGAUCUGUGAUGUGUGCCAGUCUCCAGACAGUGAAGAGGGGAAUGAUAUGGUAUUCUGUGAUAAGUGUAACGUCUGUGUGCAUCAGGCAUGCUAUGGCAUUCUUAAGAUUCCAGAAGGCAGCUGGUUGUGUCGCUCCUGUGUCCUGGGCAUUUAUCCACAGUGUAUUUUAUGUCCCAAGAAAGGUGGAGCCAUGAAGACCACCAGGACAGGAACUAGAUGGGCUCAUGUCAGCUGUGCCUUAUGGAUUCCAGAGGUCAGCAUUGCUUGUCCUGAGAGAAUGGAACCUAUUACAAAAAUCUCCCAUAUUCCACCUAGCCGGUGGGCCUUAGUUUGCAGCCUGUGCAAGCUGAAGACAGGGGCUUGUAUUCAGUGCUCUGUGAAAAGCUGUAUUACUGCCUUCCAUGUCACCUGUGCCUUUGAGCACGGUCUAGAAAUGAAGACCAUCCUAGAUGAGGGUGAUGAAGUAAAGUUCAAGUCAUUUUGCCUCAAGCAUAGCCAAAACAAGCCAAAAGUUGGGGAAGCUGAGUACCACCACCACAGAGUUGCUGAGCAGAGCCAGGCAAAAAGUGAGAAAACCAGCCUGCGGGCACAGAAGCUUCGUGAACUAGAAGAAGAAUUCUACACCUUGGUCCAGGUAGAUGAUGUUGCCAAAGAGCUGGGGCUAUCUGCGUUAACUGUCGACUUUAUCUAUAACUACUGGAAACUGAAGCGCAAAAGCAACUUCAACAAGCCAUUAAUUCCUCCAAAAGAAGAGGAAGAACAUGUCUUGGUACAGCCAAAAGAAGAAAGCAUUCAUACUCGUAUGAGAAUGUUUAUGCACCUGAGGCAGGACCUAGAGAGGGUCCGAAAUCUAUGCUACAUGAUAAGCAGGCGAGAGAAACUGAAACUGUCACACACCAAAGUGCAGGAACAGAUCUUUGGUUUGCAAGUUCAGCUUAUCAACCAAGAAGUUACAGAAGGACUUUCUGUGACAAAUGCACUAGAGAACUCAUUGUUUUACCCACCACCACGAAUUACCUUAAAGUUGAAAAUGCCUAAAUCAACCUCAGAAGACUGCCCAGGCAGCUCCACAGAAACAGAGCACCAACCCUCCUCUCCUGGCAGCAGCUCGCCUGGUCACAAUAAAAGGAGCCCACAGAUGCCUGAGGAGCCACUGGACAUGAAUGUAAAACUAUAUCCAAGACAUCCACUAGAAAUCAAUAGUAACUGUUUUCCAGCUAGCCGCAGCCAUUCUCGAAGUGAAGCCAAGAGUUCCAGUCCUGCUCAGAGAGCUCCAUCUGCAGAGUUCUAUCGUGGGCAAUCAUUAGGGAAGCCUCUGGCCCUUCAGGCUGCCCUCCAUGGACAGGCUUCUAUUGGUAAUGGGAAGAGUCAGCCCAGGCUUGCCAGUUCCAAUGGACUGGAGGGCAACUGGUCUGGGAAUGUGUCCCAGAAAGAUGAUUCAGAUGAGAUGUUCUGUGACCAGGAAUCCAUGCUCAGCUCCCACUUGCCCAGUCAGGGCAACAUUAGAAAAUCUGGCAUAGAACACCUCAGCAGGUCCUUUAAGGAGGCCACCAAUACAUGGGUGAGGCCCACUGAGGACCUCCAAUACUGUGUUAAGCCAACUAAGAAUGUGAGCUCUAAGGAGCAGUUGUGGGGUAGACAGCUUCUCAGGCGGUCAACAGGAAGAGCUCCAUAUCAGGAAGCUGAUGGGUAUUGCCCUGAUUUAGAGCCAAGCGAUUCAGAGGCAGAAGGGGAGGGGAAUACAGAAAAAGCAAGGGUAAAGAGAGAAAGUUCUGACAGAGAAAAUCCUCAUGAUUCUGCACGGGAGGGCCAUGGGAAAAGCAAGACGUACCCUCAUUCCCAUACCUCAAUGCAAAGGUGAUCAGAAACACCUAAGGGUAAUACACCCUUUGCCUUUGCCCCACAUACUGGGGGAAAUUUAAACACCAAAAGCAUUCUAGUGUAUGUUAGGAGGAAUUGCAGGGAAAAUAAUGGUUUGACAUUUUUGAAAAGGUUUCAGGUAUAGUUUUAUAAGCACAUUACAAGAGUUGCAGAUUGUCUGGGGUUGCUUUGUUGGAGGCUGCUGGGAACAUUUGAGCCCAGAGUAUUUGCUCAGUGAGUACUUAAGGACUGCUUUCCGGGUACAUUAACACACUGAUUAAUCUACAUGUUAAGAAUCUUUGCAUUGUUGAUGGAUAACAUGGCAGACAAUAAAACUACUUAUCUUUUGAAACUAUAA